AUGCGAAAAUUAUUCAAUCUCAUAUUUUUAUGUUUUCUUCAAAGUGUAUUCAGUAGUUCGUAUGGUGGAUACAGCGGUUAUAGUGGUUACACUGGUGGUGGUUAUGUGAAUGGAAAUGGAGGCAGCUAUACUCCUCAUGGUGGAAUGAAAUAUUAUUCAACUGCUGUAGAUAUCUAUGGUAACAGUUAUAAUGUACUUCGAAAGAUUACGCCUACAAUGACUAUAGCCAGUAUGGAUAUGGUAAAUAUUAUGAUAAAUAUAGCACUGGGAAGAUUUACAAUAAAUAUACCUACAGUAGUGACAACUAUGACAAGUAUGACACGUCGAAGAGCUACGAUAAAGAUUACAAUCAGUAUUAUUACACCAAGAAAUAUGACACGUAUGACUACUCAAAGGAUUAUGAAAAAGACUACAGCAAGUACGGUUAUACUAAGAAUUAUGACAAAUAUGAUUACUCGAAAGAAUAUGAAAAAGAUUACAAUAAAUAUGACUAUACUAAGAAAUAUGAUACUUAUGACUACUAUACAAAGAGUUAUGAUAAGUAUUACGACAAGUAUGACUACUCGAAAGGAUAUGAAAAGGAUUACAACAAGUACGACUACACCAAGAAAUAUGACAAAUACGACUACUCGAAUAGCUACGACAAAUAUGACUACUCAAAGAGUUACGACAAAGAUUACGACAAAUAUGACUACACCAAGAAAUACGACAAAUAUGACUACUCCAAGGGUUAUGACAAGGAUUAUGAUAAGUACGACUACUCGAAGAGCUACGACAAAUAUGACUACUCAAAGAGUUAUGAAAAAGAUUACGACAAAUAUGACUACACCAAGAAAUACGACAAAGAUUACGACAAAUAUGACUACACCAAGAAAUACGACAAAGAUUACGACAAAUAUGACUACACCAAGAAAUACGACAAAUAUGACUACUCAAAGGGUUACGACAAAGAUUACGACAAAUAUGACUACACCAAGAAAUACGACAAAUAUGACUACUCAAAGGGUUACGACAAAGAUUACGACAAAUAUGACUACACCAAGAAAUACGACAAAUAUGACUACUCAAAGGGUUACGACAAAGAUUACGACAAAUACGACUACACCAAGAAAUACGAAAAAGAUUACGAUAAAUACGACUACGCCAAGAAAUACGAAAAAGAUUACGACAAAUAUGACUACACCAAGAAAUACGAAAAAGAUUACGAUAAAUACGACUACGCCAAGAAAUACGAAAAAGAUUACGACAAAUACGACUACGCCAAGAAAUACGAAAAAGAUUACGAUAAAUACGACUACGCCAAGAAAUACGAAAAAGAUUACGACAAAUACGACUACGCCAAGAAAUACGACAAAUAUGACUACUCAAAGAGUUACGACAAAGAUUAUGACAAAUAUGACAACGCCAAGAAAUAUGAUAAAUAUGAUUAUAAAAAAGGCUAUGAAAAAUUCUCAGAAAUGUACAAUACUGACAGAAGGCGGUCGAAAGGGAAACCUAAUACAGAAUAGUAUGGUGAUUAGAUUUGUAGAUAAUCGUAUAUAUAGAUAUACAUGA